AUGAGAAGAAAAAGGCGAUCUACAUAUAAUUCCAGCUGUAGUGACUCUGCUGACAGUUCAUAUUUAGACUCAGAAGUAAUUGACGGCAUGGAAACGUUUUCUAGCGAAUCUGGUGUAGAUGAAUUUGAACAUGGUAAAAGUUCUCCGAACAAAUCAGGUUUAAGCUCUCCUUCAAUAGAAGAAUUUGAUGAACACCAAAACGAAACGGGUCUUUUUAAUAUUAAGCAAAAUAUUUUAUUUCAGACUCCUUUUAAAUCAGAUUUAGUUAAGGAUGAUAUAGACGAUGUUAAAAGGAAAUCAGGCUCAUUAAAACGUUCUCAUUUUUUUGAUAAUGUGAGAAAAAUUUUUUCAUUAACGAAAGAUCAUGAAUCAAAAGUAAGUAGUUCAAGCAAAAGUAAAAAAAAAAAAAAAUCGCAAAAUUUUUUUAAAAGAAUUUCACCUUUUAGACAUAGAAAUAGAUCUUAUUAUGAUAAUGAGGUUAAUGUUAAUAAUGUUGAUGACAAAGAUGAUGAUGAAAACGACGAAGGGUAUGAUGAAGACAACGAUGAGGGGGAAAUAUUUAAAGCUCCCAGAAGAAACAGAUAUUAUAACGAAUAUUCAGAUAAUUCAUAUAAGAAUAUAGCAGGUGGUAUAUUUAAAAUGAAUGCAGAAGAUUUUAACUUAAUAAGAGAUAAAUUCAGUAUAACUAAAAGUUUGAGUACCAUUGAUGAAAAAUCAUUCGGUUUAACACAAGAAAAUGAUGAAGACGUAAAAGAUUUAUAUAAUAAGAGUGUUAAACAGUUGACGGAAGAAGAAAGUACUAAAAUUUAUCAAAAUGUACAGCUGCAAAAUCUUUUUCAUCCUUAUAUAUCUUGUGAUGAUUAUAUGAAUGCUGAACAGCUUAAUAAAUUUAUAGAAUUGUUGUGGUUAUCUAAAAUUUUUAAUAUGUACAAUAUAAAAAAGGAAGAAAAGAAAAAAAAAGAUUUCUUAAAUCAAGAAAAUUGGAUGCACACGAUAUAA